UAUAAAAUAAUAGAGAAUGAUUAUAAAAUUAAAAAUAAAACGAUUCAAAAAUGAAUUAUGUGAAAAGCGUAUUCAACAAAAAGUUCUCUUUUCAAAAAUCUUCUACGUGGGUUGUACCUGAAAAUGAACAUAUUUUAACUACCCCUGAAUUUUUAUGCUUUGAAUUGUUACAAUUAAAGGAACAUUUGAAUUCUGUGAAAAGUAAAUUAAACGUUUAUCCUAUUGAAGAAUGGAGUAUGCACACGAAAAAACGGAACCCAGCUGGGGAGAUACAAUGGAAAUUAAGGAACACUUACAAUGCAGAGUUUGUCACUCAAGCUUGGUGCAAGAUGUUCGAGUGUUUAUGUUCUUAUGACCUGGUAUCAUUAUCGCCUGGCGAUAAAGAAUUUAAUAGCUUGCAUUUAUGUGAAGCUCCAGGGGCUUUUAUAGCUGCUUUAAAUCAUUUUUUAAGAACUAAACAUAAAGAUGUUCGGUUCAAUUGGAUUGCAACUACUUUAAAUCCGUAUUAUGAAGGCAACCAAGUGUAUAACAUGAUCUUGGAUGACCGGCUCAUGCUGCAUACAUUGGCCAAUUGGCAUUUCGGACAUGAUUUUACUGGAAAUAUAAUGGACAUGAAGAAUAUAGAAAGUUUGAGAACUGAAUGUGAAAAAAUUAAGCCGGUUGUCCUAAUUACUGCUGAUGGAUCCAUAGACUGUUUUCGUACACCAGAAGAACAAGAAAAUAAAGUAGCACAACUGCACAUUUAUGAAGUGUUGACUGCAUUAUUAAUUUUGCAUUGUGGGGGUUCAUUUAUGCUGAAAAUGUUCACAUUUUUUGAAUGUUCAAGUAUAAAUAUAUUAUAUUUAUUAAACUUAUGCUUUGCAUCAGUAAGUGUUUUUAAGCCGGCCACAUCCAAGGGUGGUAACUCAGAAGUAUAUGUCAUUUGUAUGGGUUAUAAUCGAAGUAACAAAUUUUUAGAUCUUGUUUAUUUACUACUAAACAAGCUUGAAAAUAAAGUGCUUUUUGAAAAAUCAAUAUUCAGAAGACAAGAUGUACCAGAUGACUUUUUAGAGCAAGUGUAUAAUUGUGCACGGUAUUUCAUGAAUAUCCAAUGUUCGGUUAUUGAAAAUAAUAUUUUGACCUUUCACAAGCCAGUCGCUUAUCAUCUCGUGCAAAAAUAUAAAAGUUCAGUUACACAACAUUUUUUAAAAGAAUACCAAGUCGAAGUUAUAGAAGAAAAUUUGAAAUUAGUAUGUGGUGUUAUACAGUAUAAUUCACUUAACUUAAAUCCUCGCCUCCAUACCGGAAACUAUGAUGAGCGCACCAGAUUAUUAAAAGAUGAAGAAAAACUUAAAUUUCUUCAAGAACGUUGUAAUCAUUUUCAGUUUGGUAAACCUGUUAGUAUUUUAGGAAGCUCCAAAUUUAUAUUUGCCCCUCUUUUAGAUAUGCAUAAAGAGUGUUUAAGAAUAUGUAAUAACAAUGCUUUACAAAAAUCAAAUGAAAUAGCAUGGCUUAAUAUACAUGACUUUUUAAAAGAAGCUGUAUAA